AUGAUGUUCAAGGCAUCACUAGUAUGGAGCGUGCUGGCCAUCGCGGCUUCAGCGUUACCCGCAGCUCUUCACAUAGACAACAAGCAGCCACCUCUGGCGCAUCCCAUUGGGCAAGGAAAAGGGUCGAAUGCUAAGGUUUCUGGCCGAGUAUUUGAAAUUGACGGGAAGAAGGGUUAUUUCGCGGGAAGCAAUGCAUGGUGGCUUGCUCACUUGAGCAAUAACGCGGACAUUGACAUCGCUCUUAGCCAGGUGGCCAAGACCCAGUAUAAGGUCCUCCGUGUGUGGGGCUUCGGCGACGUGAACACGCUCCCGGAUCCAAGCAACGGGGACCCAAACAAGGUAUACUUCCAGGUCCUCAACUCGACUGGCAGUUACAUCAAUUAUGGCCCAGACGGUCUGCAGAGGCUCGACUACGCGGUCUCGUCAGCUGAGAAGCAUGGCGUAAAAUUGGUGCUAAAUUUCAUAAACAACUGGAACGACUACGGAGGGAUCAAAGCGUACACGACCGCGUUCGGAGCCAACGCAACGGAAUGGUUUACGGACCCGACUUCGCAGAAGGUUUACCGGAACUAUAUUAACGUCCUGGUGAACCGCUACAAGAAGUCCACGGCCAUCUUCGCAUGGGAGCUCGGGAACGAGCCGCGGUGCAAUGGAUGUCCCACCUCUGUGAUCACUAAGUGGGCAACCGAUGUGUCCAAGUACAUCAAGAGCCUCGACUCGAAGCACUUGGUUACGCUGGGCGACGAGGGCUGGUUCGCGCCGGGUACGGCCCUCAGCGGCGACGAUGGUUCGUAUGCGUACUCAGGCAGCGAGGGCGUAGACUUCGUCGCCAACCUGGGCAUCUCCACGCUCGACUACGGCACCUUCCACCUGUACCCAGACUCGUGGGGCUAUGAGUACCCCUGGGGCAACGACUGGAUCGUGCAGCACGACGAGGUGGGCAAGAAGUCCGGCAAGCCCGUUAUCUUAGAGGAGUACGGCGCGCCGUUCCCGGGAAACCACACGCCAAUCUACAAGCCGUGGCAGGACACCGUGGUGAAGAGCGGUGUCGCGGCCGAUCAGGUCUGGCAGUUUGGUUCGCACGACCUCAGUGUGCCUGGGGAGACCCUGGGCGAUGUCAACUCGAUCUACUACAACGAUACCGAGUAUCAGGUGCUCGGGUUCGAGCAUGCGGCUACUCUUCUCAAGAAGAAGGUCUGA